UGACGUAGGAGGAAGAAGCCGCCAUUAGGGGCAGCGGGGCCGCGGCCGCGGGGCAGGUUCUGUUGCCGUGUCCCUCCCCAGCCUCUUUCUCCGCGGCCUCGCCGGUGCUUCCCCAUCCCCGCCAGCCGCGCUCCCCAGCGGGUCCCCGUCCCGGCGGGCGGCGGCGGCGCCGCGGGGCGGCCCGUUGAUGUGAGGCGCGGCUCGGCGGCGGGGCGCGGAUGGCGGCGGGGGCCGGCGCGGCGGCCGGGGGCCGCAGCUUCUCCUUCAAGGUGGUGCUGCUCGGGGAGGGCUGCGUGGGCAAAACCUCGCUGGUGCUGCGCUACUGCGAGAACAAGUUCAACGAUAAGCACAUCACCACGCUGCAGGCAUCUUUUCUGACGAAGAAGCUAAAUAUUGGUGGAAAAAGAGUAAAUCUUGCAAUAUGGGAUACAGCCGGUCAAGAAAGAUUUCAUGCAUUGGGGCCUAUCUACUACAGGGACUCUAAUGGCGCCAUUCUAGUAUAUGAUAUAACAGAUGAAGACUCUUUUCAAAAGGUAAAAAACUGGGUUAAGGAAUUACGAAAAAUGUUGGGAAAUGAAAUCUGUUUAUGUAUAGUAGGUAACAAAAUAGACUUGGAAAAAGAGAGACAUGUUUCAGUGCAAGAAGCAGAAAUGUAUGCUGAAUCUGUUGGAGCAAAACAUUAUCAUACAUCAGCUAAACAGAACAAAGGAAUUGAAGAACUGUUUCUUGACCUUUGCAAAAGAAUGAUAGAAACUGCUCAAGUGGAGGAAAGAGCAAGAGGCAAUGGCUCCAGUCAGUCAGGAAUAGCAAGGCGAGGUGUACAGAUCAUUGAUGAUGAGCCACAAGUACAGAGCAGUGGAGGGUGCUGUUCUUCUGGAUAAUUAUAAAACUGUGCAUCACUGCCCUCUCAAUAUGAAGACUGCCAUAUUCCAAGUCACACAUUCUUUACCAAUGGAGUAAUAGAAUUAACAGUAUUUAAAAAUAAUCACAUGUAACACUGCAGAGACCUUAAGUGCUAAACUAGUGGCGUCUGUGACCAGAGAAUUGGCGUUUUCUACAGUGGUUAACAAAGCAAUUACCAAUGGCCUUUUUACAUAUUUUUCUUUAAUGAGGAAUAAUAUGCAUGUAGAAAAGACCUACUUAAAGGCUUCAUUUAUAUUCUUUUAAAUCAGAUCAUUAUUUAAUAACUUAUAUACAUUGUUGUUGGAAUGGUAUACGUUUUUGCAGCUCUUUGUAUUUUGUGGUAGAUGGAAUUGUAUCACUUCUAAAAUGCAAAUUGAUUUUUUUUUAAAUUAGCAGAUAUCUGAAUUAAUAUUUUUGCAGGGCCUCCACAAGCCUAUAACUCAACUACUUUGAUAUAUUCUGUUCAUCUGUAUGCCAAGCUGAUAAAAUACAUUGUAAAUUACAUAUUAAAUAUUUUAUCUGCUUUUACAGUUGCAGGUGCAGAAAUAUGUACAUCAGUCUUGUCAGUGAUUGUGAAGUGAAUAAGUCAGUGAAAGAUGCAAGCUUUUCAUGUGCACUGUUAAAUUGCUCAUUCUAUCCCCCUACCUGAAAACAGCUUUGUUUUGGGUACAUCCAUAGCUACAGCAAUUUUUUAAAUCCAUUUCUGGCAAGCAGCAGUAUUUAGAGCAUCCCCUUUCUAGAAGAGAAUGCUUCUGUAAGCUGCUGUUUAACAUGGAGGUGUUUGACUUGCAGCUAAAACAGUUGGUGCAUGCACAUACCUUGCCUCUGCAGUUACUUGGUCCUCUCAGAAGAUCCCCAGAAAGUCAAAGCAACUUUAGCCCUCAUCUGUCUGGUAGCCAGUAAACCAGAUGCAUGGGAAACUCUUUAGCUGCUUCAAUACAUUUGUUUCCAAAGACAGCAUUAUAAAUUAUUCAUGAGCAUAAUUAUUUUCCCCUGCAGGGCUUGAGUGAGCAAUUAAUUGGCAUUAAAUAGAACUUCUAAAUUGGAGUGAUUAAAUUGAGGAUGUGAAACUUGCCAGAUGCAGCUGUAACUUUGGCGAUUCUAGGCAGAAUUGAACUUAUUCUCAGCUUGCUCUUUCUCCUGUAAAAUGUUUUGAAAAAGCUCAUUUAAGUUUCAGGAGGAGGGUUUUCAGAAAAAAUGUGUAAACUACUAUCAAAAGAACACAAGUGGUGGUAGCUGAAACUUCAAAAUGUUUUGUGCUCUGACUUUUUUUACUUAAGUUGUCAUGCUUGGAAAAACAGUAAAGGUGAUGUCUAUGACAAAGUAGAAUAUCCUUGGCCUUCCUUUUUCUGAAAGGUAGAUAUAGUAUUGCAUAUGAAUGCACUGAAUGGUGUGGGUAUGUUCUGAUACACAAAAAAGUAGUAGUAAUGAGUUGGUCUGUGUAAGAGAAGUGUGCUGUCUUCAAUCUGAUUUUUAUUUUCUCUGGAAUAAUAGAUGGCUUUGAUACAGACUGA